AUGUCUUAUCCUCAAGGUGGAUAUCCUCCUGGCUAUCCAAGUCAGAAUCAACCACAAAUUCAAGGUUAUCCGCCAACUGCGUCUUUUUCAAACAUUGACACAACGACACAACCUUUGUUAACUUCAACUUCUAGUGGUGGAGGUAAUGCUUCGGUUUCGUUUGCAGUUGAGCCGGAACACACGAAACAUUUUGGGCAAGCUCCUGUACGUCAACCACGUCGUUUUAAAACGACUAAACGUGUAGAGCUUUUCCAAGGAAAUUUAGUUUUAGAUUGUCCUGUGCCUACGAAACUCUUAUCAAUGGUUCCUAGACAAGAUGAUAGAGAAUUUUCUCAUAUGAGAUAUACUGCUUGUACUUGUAACCCCGAUGACUUUCAGAGAGAGAAAUAUACACUUCGUCAAGAACUUUAUGAUCCCCGUAGGCCAACCGAAUUAUUCAUUGUGCUUACUAUGUAUAAUGAAGACGAAAUUCUUUUCGCCCGUACUUUUCACGGUGUUGUAAAAAACAUAUCUCAUCUUUGUUCCCGUGAUCGAUCUCGUGUUUGGGGUAAAGAUGGAUGGAAAAAAGUCGUAGUAUGCAUAGUGUCCGAUGGUCGGCAAAAGAUCAAUCAUCGCACUUUGUCUUAUUUGGCUGCUAUUGGCGUUUAUCAAGAUGGUGUAGCUAAAAAUCAAGUUAACGGUAGAGAAGUUACUGCACAUAUCUAUGAAUACACCACCCAAAUUUCAAUUGAUCCUGAUAUGAAUUUCAAGGGUGCUGAUAAGGGAAUUGUUCCAAUUCAAGUGCUCUUCUGUCUUAAAGAAAAGAACGCGAAAAAGAUUAAUUCUCAUCGUUGGUUCUUUAACGCUUUUGGUAAUAUACUCAAUCCAAACGUUUGUGUCCUCCUUGAUGUUGGUACCAAACCUGGCGGUACUUCUAUUUAUCACUUAUGGAAAGCUUUUGAUAUUAAUUCGAACGUUGGAGGAGCUUGUGGUGAAAUUGUUGCCAUGAAAGGUACAGCUGGUGUAAAUUUGUUGAAUCCCAUAGUAGCUGCUCAAAAUUUUGAAUACAAGAUGUCGAACAUCUUGGAUAAACCUCUCGAAUCUGUCUUCGGAUAUAUAACCGUGUUACCCGGUGCUUUUUCCGCUUAUCGUUUCAUUGCUUUACAAAAUGAUCGUAAUGGAAAUGGUCCAUUAGCUUCUUACUUUUUGGGUGAAGCUCAACAUGGUGGUGAUGCCGAUAUUUUCACUGCAAAUAUGUAUCUCGCCGAGGACCGUAUUCUUUGUUUCGAAUUGGUGGCAAAGCGAAAUUGUUCUUGGGUAUUGCAUUAUGUAAAAUCUGCUUAUGCUGAAACUGAUGUACCGGACACCGUACCUGAAUUGAUUUCGCAAAGACGUCGUUGGUUGAACGGAUCAUUUUUCGCUGGUGUUUAUGCUAUUUGUCAUACUUUUGCCAUUUGGAGGAGUGACCACACUACUAUUCGUAAAGUAUUAUUACAUGUUGAAAUGGCUUAUCAAGCUUAUCAAUUAUUUUUCUCCUGGUUUGCUUUGGGCAAUUUUUAUCUAGCUUUUUAUAUUGUGGGUAAUUCUCUUACACAGCCAGAGGUCAUUGAAGGUCUUUGGAGUGUAACGGCUGGUGAAAUUGUAUUCCAAAUAUUACGAUACGUUUAUUUGACAUUGUUAAUUGUCCAGUUUAUUCUUGCUAUGGGUAAUCGACCUCAAGGUUCAAAAUGGGCAUAUAUUGUUUCGAUAGUAUUUUUUUCGGGACUUAUGAUUUAUAUGUUAUUCGCGUCUGGUUGGCUCGUCUAUAAAGGAGUUUCAAUUCAGUUGAACGCGCUUAAUGAAAGUAAUAAACUUUCUGGGCUGAACGUGAGCACGACUAGUGCUAUUAUGAAUAAUCCAGCCUUUCGGAACAUUAUACUUUCCAUUGUAGCAACUUACGGGAUAUACUUUUUAGCUAGCUUUUUGUUUUUUGAACCUUUUCAUAUGUUUACAAGUUUGGCACAAUACUUGUUACUAGUUCCAUUUUAUAUUAAUAUAUUAAAUGUUUAUGCCUUCUGUAACGUACAUGAUGUCAGUUGGGGCACUAAAGGUGACACAUCCAUGAAACAUGAUUUGGGUACCGUAAAUACAGGAGGAAAAGGUGAAGUUGAAGUAGAAGUUCCGGUCGAAGAUAAAGAUAUUAACGCAGCAUAUGAAGAGGCACGUGCUGAAUUAGCGCGUCACGCGGAGGAAGAAGUCAAACAUCGAUCAAGAGCCGAUAAACAGGAUGAUUAUUAUAAGGGUUUUCGUACACGUGUCGUAUUAUUUUGGAUCCUUUCUAAUGCUGCUUUGGUUGCUGGUAUUACUAAUGCUAGUGAAACAUUGAAUCAUAUGUUUCCGGAAGAACGACGUAGCAACAGUUAUAUGGCAUUUAUACUUUGGUCUGUUACUGGGUUAGCUGCUUUUAGAUUUAUGGGUAGUUGUAUAUAUUUAUUGUUUAGAUUGUUUACUGGUAAUUAG